AUGAUUCUGCGGAGCACCCAGUGUGACUGCUGCUCUGCUGCUGUUGCAGCGGCGGUGGGCUGCGUGGGCUUUGCUUCGCAUCCAGCGACGGGCGUGCUGGUGGCGCUAGCGCAAGAAGUGAUGGCAAGAGUUGCACAAGACGAUGCUACGGUCCUGUUUGAUAUCGUGGAAGGUUUGCUGAGAGAGAAGCUGUUCCACUCGGCGGAGAUCGUGGGAGGUAUCUUGCUGUCAAGGGCGAGCGUUUCCCAACAUGCCGGACUGCACGCCGAGGCUCUGUCGAUGUUCGCCGAUGCGUUGAAGGGCCGUGGUGAACACAAGCGAGCCACGGCGUACUGCAAGCAAUCUCUGCUGCAUCGCCAGCUGCAGAAGGAGAUAGCCUCCUCGCCCGGAUCAGCAUUCACGUCGCCCCCGCCCCCGCCGCGACCGGCGUCUGCUGAGAUGGGCGGCUCCUCGCAGCAGCAGCAACAGCAGCAGCAGCAACCACCACCACAAGAACAACAACCGUACACAUCUUGGGCGGACCGGCGGAGAGAUAGAAGCGGAUUGCGAGGAGGAGGGGUGGCGCUGGCGGGGGACGCCGGGUCGGGCGUGGAUCGGACAGCGAACCUUACGCCGUCCCAGAAAGAGUACCUGCCCGUGGCGGAGCUGAAGUUCAUGGAGGCGCAGUGCCUCAUCGCCGGGGGCGAGCCUGGCACGGCCAUACCGGCGCUGGAGGCGAUCCUGCAGUUCGCGAGGACGGCGGAGAUGAGCGCGACGCUCGGGAGGGUGUACGAGAGCUCAGGACUAAAAAGAAACGCCUGCAGCAUGUACAAGAAAACCUUGAGGGAAAAUCCAAUGGCGGUGGAGACGAUCGUUCCGCUGUUGGAGAUGGGGAGUUCCGGGGAAGAGGUUCUCGGGAUCAUCGACGCCGCGCUGAAAGGGAAUCCGGGGGGCGUUACGAUGGCCGACUUGCCUUGGCUACCCCUGUACGUGAUGGGCCACGCAGACUCGUGCGCUUGCAGAUCUAAAGAGGCCUUGGCGAACUUCGCGAGACUGGAGCACCUGUACCCCAACAAUCUGGGGGCGUUGCUACAGGUGGCGAAGGCACACAUGGACCUUGACCAGUGGGACGAGGCCCUGAGCGCGUUCAAGAAAGCCAGGCUGGUGGACGACGCGAACGUGGACUUGAUGGACUGUUACGGGGUGGUGAUGCGGCAGAAGACCAUGCCCGGCGGCCUCAACCGGUUGGCGAAUGAGCUGCUCUCGACGGACCCGAUGCGAGCCGAGGCGUGGGUGGUGAUGGCUCUGUACAGCGAGGUCCGGGGAGAUAAGGACAAGGCCACCGUCUUCGUUGACAAGGCGUUGGAGCUCAAGCCCAACUACGCGAUGGCGUUCAUCCUGAAGGGCUCCUUGGUGCUUGCGGAGGGCAACCACGAGGAGGCUCCCAAGCUGUUCCUGCAGGCCAACCACAUCAGAAAAGACAUAUACUCCUACAAAGGGCUUGUGAACGCCUACCUCCAGGCGGGCAAGUUCCGCAAGGCGGGUUUCGCGGCGAAGGAGGCCAACGAGGUCAUGCCGGGGGACGCCAGAACGGUCCUCCUGACGGGGAGCGUGUGGGAGCACAUUAAGGGGGGCAUGACGGACAACCGACUCAAGGCAAAGAGGGCCUACGAGAAGGCCCUAAGGAUAGACCCGGUCUUCCUCGACGCUACCCUUGCCCUCGUCGGGUUGCACAUGGAGGACAAGGAGUACGACACCUGCAUAGACCUGUUGCUGAAGGCAGUGCCGCACCACACGAGAGAUACCCUGCACACCAAGCUCGCAGAGGUGUACAUGCUCAACGGGAAGCUCGACGACGCGCUAGAGUCGUUUCACUUCGCCAUCAGCUUGAACCCCAGCUGUGUCAAGGCCUCGCAAGGCUUGGAACGGCUGGAGAAGGUGAUGCGGGGGAUGGACCCCGACGAGGAUGAUGACGCUAUGUCAUCUUACGGAGGGCGACCACCAUCCCCGACCUACUAG